AUGGAAAACUCUGAGGAUCAAGUUACAACUGCAGGGGAAGAGAUUGCAGAGAAUCAGACAGAAGACACAGAGGAAACAAGUACAGAAGCAGUAAACAAUGAAGGGGUGGCAGAGUCUGGUCUUCUUGAAAGUGAUGAACCCAUGGAGGAGGGUGCACAACUGAAUGAUAGCUUGUUGGAAGAAACUGAGGCACAAAAUAGUGCUGCUGAACAUCCAUCGGGAGAAGUUGAAGGGAAUGAGGCAGUUCUAGAGGACACUAUGGAUGAUGGAAAAGAGGGAGAGGAAAAGGAAGAAGAUGAGGAUAAAGAGGAGGAAAUUAAACUGCCAGACACUGAGAUGCCCCAGGUCAACGUAGCGUCACUGGCAAAACGUAAAUGGCAAGUGAAGAUUUAUCCGCUAAAGCCAGAUGACUUUAUCAAUGGGCAGAUUGCAAGAGUGUUUUCUAACGCCAAGGAAAGCCUGUUGUACAUUUACAGCUCAGGAAAAUUCAACGGAGGAAAAGGAGAGAUGUAUGUUUCUUCUGAAGUGCAGGCAGCCAAGGUGGUGCACAACCUGAUGAAGCUGGACUUUAAGUCUCAGAAUAUCAACAUUGAAAUCAUCAGGAAGAAUAAUGAAGGUGUCGUUGAAGAGAAAGCUUUCAUGAGAUUUGAUACAAAGCUGAUUAGGAUUCUGUGCAUCCCAGCGUUUAAGAACAGAAGGCUGGGCGGUAGACGAGAUCGGGUAGUUGGAUCAGUUUUUCUGAAAAAUCUGCCAAAUGGCACCAGUAAGGACAUGCUCCGAGUCAUGUUUCCUUUUGCUCCAGAAAUAAAUUACAGCCCUGACAAAUUUCCUGACGGCACUGCACGACUGGUCCUGGGCGCCAGAAGUUCUGUGGGGCCUUGCUUGAGAGGAUUCACUAAACUGGAACUGGGAGACACGCUUCUGGAGCUAAAACCCCUUCAGAAGAGAGCAGCAGAGGAUGAAAAGAAGAAAGAUGCUGGAGAAACAGAUGGCACCAAGAAAGCUGAAGGCAGCGAGGAAGCCGGCAGCCAGCCUGAGGCCGACGAUAAAGCUGUGGACGGCAAAACAGAUGAGAAAUCUUCCGCUGAAAAAACAAGUGGUAAAUCUCCUGCAAAGAGUCCAGCUGCCAGCAAGGCUGCAGAUGGCAAAGAGAAAAAACCUGGUGUUGGAAAUAAAACCCCACAAAGUCUGGGUGCCAACAAAAACAGAAACCCUAGAGAUAAUCGCAGAGAUACUGGUGCCCGCAGGGGGACAUACAGACCUCGUAGAGGGAACUUUGCUCAGAGAGGAGGAGACAGGAAUAGAUUUAGAACCGGUGGAUUUGGCAGCCGUUUCCGACCUGAAGAUCGGAGAAUGCGGAUGCCAGGAGCUGGACGUGAUGCCGGCAUCAACACCGGAGCUGCCAAGGAGAUGAUGCUUCUGCAGAGCCAGCUGAGUGUGGCCAUCAAGAACCAGCUGUCCAUGCUCAACCAGACACAGUUUGCACUGGAGCAGGCCAAACGAGAGGCUGCUACAGUCAGUUUCUCCAGGGAUGUCGCACAGGCAAGCCCCUCAAGCUUGAUGAGUAGACGGGUGUCAAGCACACCACGCACCGAGCAGCAGGCCAGGGGCGGACAGGUGAAGACAAAUAACCGCAGACAGCAGCAUAGACGAGGAAAGCCUAGGGAUCGAAGAACAGAAGGGGGACGUUUUGGUGAAGGGGCUAGAUUUGGAGGAGGAGGAGAUUACAGCUACAAACGGAAUGCAGAAAUGGCCGGUCUGCCUGAAGAGUAUGGGGCUACUGGUCAGGGCAAGAGGCGAACAUCUGGCUUCGGAGAACACAGUGAAAGCCACAGUUGGGCGGACGACCGAGCUGCUCCAGCUUUUGGUAGUUCUUAUCCACCAGCGUUUGGAUAUGAGCGAGAGUUUGAGGAAAGGGAAGCUGACUUUCACAGUCUGCACGCAGGCCUGAGCCCCAGGAGUUUGAACUACAGCCAUAACAGCAACUAUGGCUACAGAUAUUAG